UCUCGCUCUCUCGAGUCUCAAACUCUGAAGAAAAAUGGCAAUGGCGCCGAGCCUCUGUCUCACACCCAAAACCCUAAUACCAACCACCCCAAGGCUCUCCCUACUUCACGUCCAGCCCUCCAUCUCCUCCCUCGGAUUCACCUCCGCCGCCGCGGCUCCCCCUCUGACUCGCUCUGUAUCGUCGAAGCUCACCGUUCGAGCUGUGAGCGACAGCGAGUACUCGUCGAGAAGGAGCAGCAAUAAUGAGCAGAGGGAGACGAUAAUGUUACCAGGCUGUGACUAUAACCACUGGCUUAUAGUCAUGGAGUUCCCCAAAGACCCAGCGCCUACUAGAGAGCAAAUGAUUGAGACUUACCUCAACACCCUCGCUACUGUUCUCGGAAGUAUGGAAGAAGCUAAGAAGAAUAUGUAUGCUUUUAGCACCACCACCUACACUGGAUUCCAGUGUACUGUAUCAGAAGACACAUCUGAAAAAUUUAAAGGGUUGCCUGGUGUCCUCUGGGUGUUGCCAGAUUCGUAUAUAGAUGUUAAAAAUAAGGACUAUGGAGGUGAUAAAUAUGUUAAUGGAGAGAUAAUUCCUGGUAACUACCCUGUUUAUCAACCAAAGAAACGAAGAGAAACAAAGUUUGAGAGCAGAAGAUAUGAAAGACGAAGAGAUGGACCUCCUCCAGAGCGAACACGGCCAAAACAAGAAGCUACUCCAUCAGAAUCAGCAUCUGGUUGAGGUAGUCAGGAAUGGUAUUUAGGAAGUUUUUCUCUUCAAUUUUUUUGGAGUUACUUUAAUGUUUAUUUCUGUACUUCUGCAGUUUUAAUUGGGGAGUCCAAUCCAUGAAACUACUAGUUUAUCCUAUGGUCGAACUCAUCCAGGGGUACUCAUAAUCGUGCUUAAUUUUUUGGUGAAGCGUUUUUUUGCCUGGAUAACAAUGGUGUCUUAUUGGCUUGUAACCGAGACACUAUAAUCUGUGACAUAUUGAUCUUAGAUUACCUUUGUGAUAGUGUGUUUGUGAAGACUAGCUCAGUUAUAUACAAUUGAUUUGGAUCGGA